CAGAAGCAGAGAGCUGUCCAGAUGAACUCUAUGGCUCCUAACUCUAGGGGCUGACAAGAUGACGUCGGCUGGUCUUUUGGUCUUCUGCUCGGUACUCACCAGGACAUUAUGCGUUAUUGCUCCACAGAUACCAGAUUUCAAAACCGGUGACAAGAUGAUCAUCAACGGUCCCUUUUGGCACGAAGUCUUCACGGAGACUUACGAAGACCACGAUGAUGACCCGUCUACUACUACUUCGGAACCGCUGCCUUUCUUCGAAGAUGAUGCUUCUACUAAUAAUGUGACGGCUCAGCUUGGGUCGAGAGUGCACCUACACUGUCGAGUGCAUGAUUUGGGGGAGAAGACGAUAUCCUGGGUACGUCGCCGCGGCGAAGAACUUCACCUCCUAUCCUUCGGCCGUCACACUUAUUCAGCUGACUCCCGCUAUUCCUUAGCCUUCGAACAUCCCAACGAUUGGAGACUCCUCAUCCAGUACGUCAGUGAAAGAGAUGAGGGGUUCUACGAGUGUCAGAUUUCUACGCACCCUCCUUUAGUUAGAAGAGUCCAUCUUAGUGUUGUUGUGCCAAAAGUGGAGAUCGUAGAUGAAAGAGGCCGGCCACUACAGGACAAGUUCUACAAGGAAGGGUCCAUCAUAGAACUCCGUUGUGUGGUCAGCGAAGUACCACAGCCAACCAGACAGGUCAACUGGAAGCAUGGAACGAGAUUGCUCAACUAUGACACUAAGAGAGGAGGCGUGAGCGUGAAGACAGAGGCGACAUCCAACGGUGCUCUCUCUCGGUUGUACAUAGCGAACGCCAAUAGAAACGACUCGGGGAACUACACGUGUUCGUUGGCAGACGUCGCGGCCUCUGCUGUAUCCGUGCACGUGUUAAGAGGCGAAAACCCGCUAGCGAUGCAAAGGGGCGGCGCAGCGGGCUGUUCCGAAUCAUUGCUGGCUCUCCUUGCGGCCUUCAUCAGCUGACAUAUAGCCAGCGCGUCAUGUACGCGCUCCAUUGCGUAACCUACCUAUAGUCACAAUUACUAUGUUCGUAAACGCUAGACUAAUCUUUCCAUGUCGAUGUUUCUCGCGGAUGCAUUUUAUUUUUAUUUACAAAAAUAUAGUCGGUAAGCUAUUUAUUAGCUUGUGUUAAGGGUGCUGACACAUCUGAUAAACUUCAUAUAACGACACCCAGACCACAGCCAAUAAGCAUUGCUUAUCACACAAAUGUUGACUGUACCGAGAAUUGAACCUGGGUCCAUCAGUUUGGCAGAUCCGGCAUGGUGACCAUUGCAUCAGCGAGGUCGUCAACCAUUUUGAACCCUAAUUUUAUCUACAGAAAAUUAUUUGUCGGGUGCUUGAUUUAUUCUUAUCUUGUUGUCGUAAAUUAAGACGAUAUUUAACAAUCUACUUGUUUUCGUGUCGGUCUCUCGAAGGGACUUAACGAGCGGACAGAAUUGAGGUCAAACGAAUACCAUUUCUGCACAUUCUUCUAGAUUUUUCCAUUUCCAAGGAAGGAUUAUACGACAGGUUAAUUUGGAUUUAAUUUCAGAUGAAUCUGGGAAUUUAUUUCGUCUAUUAGUUUGGUUUGAUUGUAACGUUCAUAACUAGGUUACAAUGAAUUGUUAGAAUAACGUUAUUUUCCACCGAGGCAAUUUCAGAAAUGAGAAUCGAAAAUCAAACAUUAACAAAACCUACUUUAGUUUUUAACUGAAGAAAGAAACACACAUAUUUACUGAGUUUUAAUAUCAAACGCUAUUAUUUACAGGAUGUAACCAACUCUAACCUACAACAAGGUCAUGGAUAUAAGAAUCACUUGAACGCAAAAAUCAAAGCUUUACCGUUGACAACUCACAACUCGAGACUCGUAAAAAAGUACUCGAGUUGCCGUCACAGUUUCGAGAUCCAUACAUUUUAUGACUGGAAACGGUAACUGAGGAAUCUUUAUAGCCCUUUUAUGGGCUAUCGGUCACACGCACGCACCCAUGCAUGGCAUAUUAAAGAUUUCCACACGCUUUCCACCCGCUUUCCACCCGCAAGUUUCAUCAAAGUAAUGACAUGUCAAAUUUUAUUUAUUGCCCAUAAAAUGGAGGUUAUCUAAACUCGAUUUGUUGAUCGGAGGUUUAAUGUGUGUUCUGAGUUAAAAUAUUAAAGGAGAAACGGUACUUUUGUAUGAACAACUACCUCGAAAUUUCAAAAUUGCUCAACAGUGAUAAAAUCCACUUUUCAAAAUUGCUCAAAAGUGAUAAGACCUUUGUCCUAUGAUGCUCUUGGCGAGUACUCUACAUGUUCAAAUCCCGCGAGCGAAUUUAGCGCAUAUAAAUAAAAUAGUGUCUUCGACCAUUUAAAACUUAUGUUAUGUUAGUAAAUGUACAACGUCCAACAUGUGAAGGUGGAAAACACCAUGUUCGCGCGCAAUUCGAACAUGACGGCCAUUAAAUGAAAUAAGUGCUCGCCAGGAGCUUUCAAAAGACAUAGGUCGCUUUUUAUGGAAAUCAUCAAAUGAUCUCUCCCGCUGUGGGUUAGCAGCGUGAGGGAGUGUCAGACUCUUACUGACUAAAGACUAAAACCCAACCCAUUUAUGUACCAGGGCUGGGGCACUCCUUCGAACAAUCCUGCAGACCCGGCAGGCCUUGGCCCUGGUAGAUCCCGCUGCGGAUGACUAAGUCUCAUUACUGUUGGCAAUGUAAAAAUGGGUACAAAUUGACGCACGGUGAACUUUUUACCGUUCCAUUGAAUAAAUUCAAAAAAAUAUUGUUGUAAAGUAUUUGAAAGAUAAAUGGAAGUUGGUUUAGAAUUUUUGAAGUUUUCCAAGUUUCGUUUCAAGGAAUCCUAGUUUGGAAAUAGUUUUGGUAUUCUAUUCGAAAUAUGAAAUGGACGAUCAUUUAUAGCAAAACUUUUUUUAUUGUAAAAUAGAACAAGGUUUUAUUCUACAUUGAGUUACCAAAAUAUAUUGUUUAGGCUUACUCAACAAUGGAAAAAUUUAUCAUAUCUUUUUUUAGCUGUCAUUACAAUAAGUUACUGUAUCUGAUUGUGAAUAUUUGUGAUAUAGCCAAGUUUUAUAUUUUUUACUGGUAAAUGUUUUGCGUCUAAAACACUGAAAAACAAAUUGGUUAUAUUUGACUUCAAUUUAGUUAUUACGAAACAUAAAAUCUACCGAAUAUUUCAGCACCCUUAAAAAUAUUUUCCUCAAAGCAGCCGUUUCCUCUGAAAUAAUUUUAAAAGUAUUGCAAUUUGUAACCAUUAAUUCUCAUUCAAGCCAAAGUUCAAACAACUGUUUUUUUUUUUAUAUACAAAAUCGGGUAAGUCAUUAAAAGUACAUCCGCGAGCAAUGCCGACUUCGUUCUCUUAAAGUAUUAAAAUUCUAAAUGAUAAAAAAAUGUUAUUUUAAACUCUAUUUCGUAGUAAGUUAAGUUCACUGUCGGUUGUGUGGGUUUCCUUUCGGCUAACAGUUUAAGUUUUCAAAGAAAACUAUAAAAAAUCGUGUUGAAGUUUGUUUAUAAGAGUACCCGUAUACUGUAGACUAAACAGUCGGUCGACAGUUGACCCGUUGCUUGGCAACCAAUAUUUCUAGUUUUCAGUCUCGUACCGGCUAAAUACCUGAUCUUUGUAAUGUGCGUACUACCUAGGUACCAUUCAUCUUCAUACUGAUUUAUGAGCCCAAACAAACUAUCGGCCGACAAAAAAUUUGCAGUGUGUGAAAACUCUAAAUCAUAUUGUCACAUUUUGUUAUAGUCUAAAUUUUGUAAGCCCUAUAUUUUUAUUACUAUUUUUAUUUAAGUGUCCUUCAGAAGUGUACUAGCUACUCGAAUUACAUUGAACAAAAUCUAAUUUAUACGAAAUACGAAACUUGCCGAAUAAAAAUAGCUUUAGCCUACUUGAACCCUGAUUAAGAUUUAAUAGGUCAUCAACAGUCUUUGAGUGCUUCGAGAAGUCUCGGAUUUUGGCUUGGAAAAUCUUAAUAUAGUUAACAACAUUAAUUUUUAACGUAUCACGCUACCACGGACCAGAUAUAUUUCGCGACAACCUUUUUAUCGUCCCACUGCUGGGCACAGGCCUCCUCUCACACGGAGAAGGAUUGAGCGUUAAUCACCACGCUUGCUCAAUGCGGAUUGGUGACUUCAGACUCUAUAGUCCACGUUUCCUCGGGAUGUUUUUCUUCAUCUUUUAAUCAGCAAUUAGUGUCUAAGAUAUACUUAGAAAGUACAUACAAACUUAGACAAGUUACAUUGCUACUUGGAUGACCUGGUAUCGAACGCAAACUCAUACAUGAGAGGUUGGUGCUUUACCCAGUAGGCCACCACGACUAGACAGGAUCAUCAUCAUCGUCAUCAGCCUAUCGCAGUCCACUGCUAGCAAAGACUAUAAAACCACUUGACUGCGCAUACAGUGCCCCGACGCUCGCCAAAAGUUAGUGAUUUUGCGCGUACUAUAAGGCUACGAUCAGUACGAUCCUUUAGUAGCGACCUUGAACUGACCAAUAGUAGCCGCGGAUUAUGCGGCGUCCCCCCGCCCGCAGUGGUGAGUCGUGUUCUUAGAAGAAAUUGGCGAGUGCGCUCUCUAGUGGUUAUUUACUUUAUGACUGCUAGAGAUAGGCCUCUCCAAGUGCACGCCACUGAGAUCGAUUGUCUGAGGACAGGAUAUUAAAAUUAAAAAUAUAAAGUUAUUUGCUCAUACAACAAGAUAUAAUAUUGUUUGUUGUGUACCGUAGUGGGUUGUAUAAUUAAACAUGUUAAUAUGUCCACAAUGUGUAUGUUAAAGGCGAAAAUAUAUUUAUGUUUCGUUAUGAAACGGCUGACCACACAGGAAUGGGCUGUGUUCAAUUUUAAAUGGUUUAAACCGCAAAUUACAUAACAAUUCGUAAAAAGGGAAUAAUUUCGGAAACACAUAAAAAAACGUCUUCAAUAUUAUACCUAAAACCUUCUUCUGAGUCUGCCCAAUAUUAUGCUGAAAAUCGGUUCUGCCAAACGUGAGAUAAACAUGCACAAACAUACAUACUUGCAGGAAAACUAAGAAUCUCCUCUUUAAAGUUAAAAGGAAACACAUAUCCGUACUUAUUACAACCCUAUUACUUAUUUAAUGAUAACUUUGAAACGUGAAAUGAUUGAAAUGGAAUAUCAACGGUUUGAAUUCCAAUUUUCAGUUAACUUUGUUAAGUAUGUGAAAUCAGUAGUUCUCAUAAUGUCAUGAUAUUGCAUAUUAAUAAUUCCAGCUAUCCGAAAUUGAACCUUGCUUACGUAACUACAGAGUCUAUAUUAACUUGAUUGCAAAUUAAUAUUGAGAAUAUUGAAAUUAUUAAUGGCAGUCCUCUUUGCGAGUUUCCUUAUAAAAUUAUUUGAAUAUUUUUUAUCGUGAGCUCUGAGUAAUUUAUCUCGCUGAUAAUAUUUUGAUAAAUUGAGCCUAGGCGCGCUUGAUCGAUGUUCUGGCGAAGUUUCGAGUUCAUUUGUAAUGUUCACAGUAAUUUUUUAUUAAUGAAAAAGUCUAUUUGAAUAUAUUGUCUUUAUCCUGGCACUUAUUUUUCACUAGUUUGUCUUCGAGUCAAGGAAUCUCCUUCCCGCAUAUGUAUAAGUAGCCAACCUACCAUUCUGAUACUCCAUCAUCUCCUAUGUUGCUUACUAUGUUGGGGUCGGUUUCCAAUCCAACUUGGUGCAGCUGAGUACCAGUGUUUUACAAGGAACGACUGCCUAUCUGACUUUCUCAACCCUCUUUUCUCCUCAGUUAUUCUGAUACUGUCUCCUCAAAAUAUAUCCAGAAAUAAGAAAUAAAAAUCUGUAUGAAAAUAUUGUGUUACGGUACUUACUUAUAAUACGGUACUUACUUAUAAUAAAGUUACCUUUGGACUACUAGGUAAUAGUAAUGAUCAUGUAAACAAAAAUACCAGUAUCGACAAAAGAGAUUGAUUGUAUACCUCUCUAUCAAAACAAGUGUAUCAUUUGUGUGGGUCUUAAUUGUGUAAAGACAAUUCUUAGAGCAUUCAACCAACUGGAGGCGAAAUGAGAACAAAGCUCUGUGUGAAAAAUCAGCCAACAAAAAAAUACUCCUGUAUAUUUUGGAUCACAUCGUUAGGCAAGCAUACUAUGAAAUUGACAAAAACAAGCAUAAACGUGAUGCAUAAGUCCAUACGAGUAUGAUUGGCACUAUAUUGCCUUUAGCAGAGAGGAGGGGGUCAGAUUGUAGCAAUAGGUGUACAAAGAACUCAGGAUUUUUAAUAAAAUAAGGCUCCAGUGAUCGGCAUCGCAAUGAUCAAUGGUUUCCCUGAAGAUGAGUAGCAAAAGUCAGUAUAAAACUUGAGAGGUGUCAAGGGACACCCGGAUGGAACGAAGUUCCUUUCGAUUAAUUAGUGAGAGAGAGAUAGACAGACACACAGAGAAACAUGCGACGCCGCACAGCUUACAAUAGCUUACUAUAGCAAAAAGUGUCGUGGCAACAUUUUCGUAAGAUUUUUUUCCGUCUAGCCCCCUUUCACAACGCGCGAUAAGGAACUUCGUUCCAAAAGACACCAAAUGGCGUCUCCAGUUGGUUCAAUACUCUAAGAGACAGUGUAAUUUCAGUGCCCCUCACGAUGCGGCUCAUUAGUCUAAUCAUCUACGCAAUGUUAUAGGUACCUACAUUAGUUUUUUAUUGUAUUUUUGUUACCAAGCCGUGUUACCUUGUUUAUAUAUGAGAAGUAGGUACAGAUGUACGUAUUCACUGAUAACUGAUAAACACAGUAAGUGGUUAAAGUAUUGUGAAGAAAUGGUUGAAAUAAUUACUAAUUCACUUGAAAUUUUAAUUUUUUGGGCUUUGCACUGUUCUGAAAAAAACUGUGAUCAAGAGUUGGUUCUAUCUGCUACACGGUGUGUUUAUAACAAUAUUUUUUGAGGAAAAUGAGUGAUGAAAAAUUCCUUACUGCGUCUAGGAUUCAAUUCCCAAGUUGGCCAUUUUUUUGUAUUGUUCUAUGACAGUUUUGUUUUAUCUCCAGAGGAUGACAUCGGUUUAAGACUUGUUUGAAAUAGGCUGUAACCGUAAUUGGUAAAAAAUGCUCAUUACUAAAUGCAGCUACAACUCUAUCUACCUUUCAUGUAAAACAAUCGCAAUGUCCUGUAAAACACAUACCCUUUGAAGUGUUAAUUUACAUAAUUAUCGCAUUAUAUUUCAACAAUAUGAGUUGUUAAUCUGUAAGCGAAUCGCUUUUGAAUUUUCACCCAUUGAACGAUACACAAUGUGACGCAAAUACAUAAAUUGAUGUCCAACGUAAUUUUAUUCAAAUUGGCUUUAAUUUGGUUACAAAAACAACUGGAAUUAUUUAAUAUGUUCAUUGAAAGUAGUUGACAGGGGCAUCAGUAUUCCGCAUUUAUCUACCGCGAAAUUAUUGACAUGACCACGUAACGUGAUGUGUACUAAAUAUGUAUUAAGCAUUCCUUGCAUUAUUUGUUUGCUUUCUAAUGGAACUAUUUGCAGCACUGGGUUAAAAAGUUGUUGAGCGCUAUAUUGAUGUAGGAAGCUAAAUUACUGUCAAGUUUCAUCAAAAUCCGUUCAGAUGUUUGUAGUUUAAGAAGUUACAAACAUCCGCGUAACAUAGGUACACAGAAACUUUCACCUUUAUAAUAUCAGUCAGUUUGUGGGUUUGGAUAUUUGGAUGUUUGUUCCUCUAUCACGCUUUACAGCUGAACAUAAUAAGCUGCAAUUUGGCGCACACGCAUCUUAACACAUAGGAUACUUUUAUCCUGGUGGUUUUAUGGUAUGGUAAGUUGACCCCGUUACGCGAGUGAAACCUUCCGCGGAAGCUCGUAUUGCUUGAAAUUUUAAUUACACUACCAAAAUAAAUAUAACCAACAGAUAUUACACCGCAUAGUUAUUGUUCAUAUUCAAAAUAUUUCAGGUGCUUUUUGCCAAAAACAUUUUAGAUUGAAUUUGCAUAAUUGGCAUUAUAUUCAAAAAUUGCCCGCGAGCCAUGUUUUGGUUAUAAAUCGCAUAAUUAAAAUUUACUAUGAAUUUUAAUGGUUUUUAUCAACGUUAUUUUAAAAUAGGCUAUAAUCAUGUUUGUGUGGGGAAUUAAUUAUAACCUAUUUAUUUGUUUUGUUUAUCAAGUUUAACUACAAUCUAAUGUGUGAACACUUUUGUUAUAUGUAUAAUAUACAUAUGUUGCACGUGAUAAGAGACACUUUGUAUGCUUUGGAAUCGGAAAAAUCAUAAAUUAAUACGUGCAAUCACAACUUUUAGAAAAACACAUUGAAAUAAAACAUAUAGCAAGAAAAAUCAAUUACACCCCAAAUAAAAUAGUAAAUGUUAUAAUAAAAAUAAAACUUAGAAAAGACAUAAAGUAGGUCAUAUAUAAAGAUGUCAAAAACAGACGAUAUCCUCGAUAGUUAAUAGACAAUAGAUAUGUUUGGACAAAAAGAUAAAAGGAGUCUGUUUGACGCGCUGACAUAAAAAUAUUGUCUCUGAUCGUGAGUGAAAAACAUGAUAUACUCGUAUGUAUGUAAGAAAAAAAGGGAAGUUCAGUAACUAAACAAAAGAAUUGUAGCUACUAGUGUUUUUUAUUAAGCAGUAGCUACAGAUUUUUUUUGAAAAAUAAUUAUUUCCUGGAAAAAGAAUACGAGUUUUAACAUCUCUAAUCAUCAUUAGUCUUUCAUAUUGAUCCACUUCAGGGCUGCGCUCUUCUCUUAGAAAGAAGAAAUGAGCGUUAAUUUCAAAAUUUUCAGUCCUUACUCAAUGAAAUCACCCAUAACAUCUUUAAGUUGCAUCUUUGGCAUUCAGAUAAUUAACGAAACUAAUUAAGGGCAGGGCCGUAUUACGAUAGCAUUUUUGGAAAUGUACCUAUUAGACAGACACAGAAUUAUGUUAGUUAGACGUAAAACAAAAAUAAGAUGAACACCCUCUCCAGAAGCUGGUAUCAAGCAACUCUAGAAAUAAUAAAAUAUAUUAUCUAAUCGGCAAACAAUAUAUUCCUUCAAUAAUAUUAAAUUACGUUCCGUCUUUACUUCUACGAUACUACACGAAAAAUUGUCGCCAAGUUUAACCAAAAACAUUGUUCAUAUUUCGUUGAGCAAAUUUUAUCAAUAUCGAUAAUUACGUGCCGGGAAUCGAAUAGAAUUUUAAUCGAGUCGGCGGCAGAUAAAUUGGCGAAUUUUAAGAUUGUUCCACGGUUUCGUAAAUUUAUUGGACAUCGGGUCGCUGAUAUUUUAUAAAGGUAUUAAAUAUCAGUAUCGAUAUCGCGAUAUUUUGUAUUAGUUUUGUAAACUUCGAAAAGGUAUGCAUAAUAUUUAUUCCGAUCAUUCGAAACUCUAAUCGAUAAGUUUUACAGUUGGAGUCCGAUUUUGGUAUCUAAUUGAAAAUGAUUUUUUAUUAAUUGAAUUUACAAACUCUGAAAUGAAGCAUUUUGUAAUGU